AUGCAUUUGAGCGCCAAUGAAGGCAUUGAAGGCAACACCUUCGCCGUCACCGGCGGAUUGGGCUUCGCCGGCUCCUCCCUUUGCUUAGACCUUCUCCGUAGAGGCGCUCUUCAGGUUCGAGCCUUUGACCUUCGAUCAGUUUCUCCUUGGUCCGACCACCUCAAGACUCACGGAGUCAAAAUCAUCCAAGGGGAUGUUACCUGCAAAAAGGAUGUGGAGAGAGCUCUUCGUGGUGUUGAUUGUGUAUUCCAUCUCGCUGCAUAUGGGUUGUCAGGAAAAGAAAUGCUUCAAGUUGGUCGUAUUGAUGAGGUGAAUAUUAAUGGUACAUGCCAUGUCUUGGAUGCUUGCCUGGAAUUCGGCGUUAGACGGCUUAUAUAUAUGAGCACAUAUAAUGUAGUUUUUGGAAGUCAAGAAAUUGUUAAUGGCAAUGAGGGAUUGCCUUAUUUACCAAUUGAUGAUCAUGUUGAUGCAUAUGGUCGAAGUAAAUCCAUUGCAGAGCAGUUAGUUCUGAAGACCAACGGGCGCCCCUUAAAGAACAGGAACGGAAAAUGUCUUCGCACCUGUGCUAUACGUUCUUGUGCUAUCUAUGGACCUGGGGAAGAGAGGCAUUUUCCUAGGUUGGUCUCCUUGGCAAAGUUAGGCUUGCUACCCUUUAGAGUUGGGAAACAAAGUGCUAAAACUGACUGGAUCUAUGUGGAUAACCUUGUUCUUGCUUUGAUAUUGGCAAGCAUGGGGCUUUUGGACGACAUCCCUGGUAAAGGAAGAGAUCCAGUAGCUGCUGGCCAGCCAUAUUAUGUAUCAGAUGGUCAUCCAGUUAAUUCCUUCGAAUUUGUUAAACCUCUGCUCAAUAGCUUAGGUUAUGACUUGCCAAAUUAUUACCUGCCGGUUCCAAAAGCUCUUCCCUUGGGGAAAUUUUUUGCUUUAUUGUACACAAUACUAUAUCCAUGGCUGGAUAGAUGGUGGCUUCCACAUCCCCUGAUGCUUCCUGCUGAGAUUUACAAGGUUGGCGUCAGCAAUUAUUUCUCGUAUCUUAAAGCCAAGGAAGAACUGGGCUAUGCUCCAAUGGUUACUCCAAAGGAGGGCAUGGCUGCGACCAUUUCAUUUUGGCAGGAGAAAAAAAGAAAAAGUCUUGAUGGGCCAACAAUAUAUGUCUGGCUGUAUUGUGUUGUCGGAAUGAGCAUCUUAUUUUGUGCUGCUUUCCUUCCAGACGUAGGACCUGUUCCAUUUUUCAAAGCCAUCAGCCUUUUUUUCUUUAGGUCAAUUAAAGUGGUGAGAAUGGUGUUUCUUGUAGCCUUUCUAUUGCAUGUUGGUGAGGCCAUUUAUGCAUGGUUCUUAGCAAGAAAGGUGGAUCCUGCUAACUCAGGAGGUUGGUUUUGGCAGACUCUUGCUCUAGGCAUCUUUUCCUUGCGUUUUUUGUUGAAAAGGGCAAGGAAUUAAAGGGGGAAGGGGAGCAUCGCUUAACUUCAACCUAUGUACUGUUGGCAAACGAUAGAUAGCUGGAAGAAAUGGUAUAGGAGAGUUUGAGAGAAGAAAAAACCGGUUGUAAUAAUAGCAUCCUUCAGCCAUAAUUUCUCUUAAUUAUAUAUAUAGUAUCAAAGUACUAGCGGUGUAAUUGAAAUAAACUCAUCAUUUGUAAUUUCAUGACUAUCUUCAUAAUACUAAAACAAAACACAGCUAUUUCACAA